CCCGCUACCUUAACAUUGAACGUGGUAAACAUCACCAAUAACUACUACCACGUCACGUACCAUUGUCACCGCGAUGCGUGCAUAUAAAACAGCCGAAAGUGCGUGUGGUGGGAGGCACUCCCCAAAAUCGAACCAAACCGACUGCAACAUACCCGCAAGUAGACACCCCGUCAUACGACUCUGCUUCAGUUUGUGCUUGAGCUGCUUUCGAUAGUGGUGUGAGGAUUUGUGGAUCGCUCCGGAGCGAUCAAAUGUGCAGUGUCAGUCAGCUAGAAACGGUGUUAGCAGAGUAGAAAGUGCGUAUAAUCCAUUUAGCCAUGCCUUCAGGAUGCAUCUGCAUAACAGUGAUAACUGUUUUAUCAAUGUUCUCGCUUGUCGUGAGCAAACCAUUCCUUGGCGAUCUUCUGGCACGUGCGAUAGCUUCGUCCUCGACGCCCGACGACCCACAGUCGCACAUAACGGACUUUCGAAUGAUGAUGAAAAUGGACAAGAAGGCAGAUAAACUGCAAUUGAUCGACACAAAAGCGAACAACACUCAGCAAAGUCCAGAGGAGGAGUCACCGAUAACGUUCGCCAACGAGCAAACGACCACGCCAGCAACCACCACUACGCUGUGGCAACGAUGGAACAGAACCGAUCUUUUGGUGCGCAUCAUCGACGACAUAAUCAAACCAGCACAGGAACGCAUCACACUGGUGUUUCAAACCCUCGUGCCCAAGAAUGGCGCCGAAGAGCUGGACAAAGUGAAACAGGUCUCGACGAACGACGACUCCCAGAUAGCAUCGGUGCCAGAACAUCCAUUGAACGCCACCACCGACAAUGAUGACUCCGAUGAGCUCGAUUCGGAUCUUGAGCCACUGCAGCACGACAGUGACCCUGCUUUGUUCGAUCGCGGUGCUAACGGAAGCACGCUUCUGGGACAGUUUCAGGCACGACGGAAGGUUCUGCGACGACGAGUAGCGAAGGCACUGUCGUCCAUUACGGGACUCUUAAUUCUAGCAGCAAACACACGUCGAGAAGGCAACUCGCGCAGUACUCGUUCGAUAACAAUAGCAUCGAACAGCCAUGACUUGUCGGCAAGGGAAAAACGUGCGCUUGCCGAGCUACCACCCAAUGUGGUGGACCCGUACGCCGAUUAUACCGAAGCGCUGCUUGCGGAAGACUCUGAUGCUGAUACGGAACCGCGGCGCAAUAUGGAAACGGUCGGUAUAUUUCUGCUGGAGGUGCUCGGAUCGUUCGCUGGCUUUUCCUGGGGCAUCUUUAAAACGGCUCAGUCGUUCUUUUCGUACGCCAUAAGCUAA